AUGAGAUGCACAUAAUUAAUUUUAUUUUUUAAGGAUGAAAAAGAUAAUUAAAAAUAUAGCGAUUAUAUUUAAUCAAUUUUAUAAAGAAUAUCUAAUGCAGAAAAAUAAGGAAGUUAAUUAUUUAUUAGUAAUUUUAAAUGA